CCAGCACUCAACUGCACACCGCGCUGCACCCGCGCCAGACCUGCUGCCACAGGUAUUAUCUGUCGAAAACCACUUGGAUACCCUACGCGACGGCGAAUCUGCGCCAUGGAAAGCGCGGCGAAACGUAAAGCGGGCGGUGCUGCGGCGCCCGAAAACGAGGGCCGGCCGUCGAAGCGCCAGAAAGUUCCGGACUCCACCAAAGCGGCAGCCGACGCAGAGACGCCAGAGUCGACAACGGAGAUGGGCUUGAAGUUCCUCGAGAGCUUGAAGCAGGCAAAGGACAAGACAGGCCGUCCCAUCUCAGUGCACUUCCUCACGCUCCCUGACAGGAACGUGCUCCCUGAGUACUACGACGUGAUCAAGCUACCCAUUGCGAUCGACACCAUCGAGGACAGACUCAACGCCGGCGGAUACACGUGCCUGGCGGACGUCGAGAGCGACGCCAAGCGCCUCGUCAACAACGCAAAAGCCUACAAUGACAAGAAGUCUGCCAUAUACGAAGAUGCCGAGCGUCUCCGCAAGACGGCCUCCAACUGGAUGGUCAAGCACAAUCCAGCCUACCGGAGAGAAGGCUACCAAGCCGUAGCUACGCCUAUUCCUGGCGAGGAGCCUAUCCCCUACGGAAAGCCAAUCCCGCGCGUUCAUCCUGCAACCCCGAGAGCGACCCCGUCAACCCCAGAUUCUGCUUCCACCGACAGGCCGCGACGAGCCGCUGCGGUCGCGGCCACACAAGCAGUUACCCCUGCGCCGUCUAAGCUGCGACACUCGGCCUCCGCUGCCCCAGAAGAGGGCGAUGCCACGGAUUUCAAAGGAAAGAGCUUCCAGCAAGCACAAGAGCAGAUCGUCAACGGCCUGAUUGGUUAUACCGAACCAGACAGCGGACUGCAAAUCUUCCAACCUUUUGUAAACCUGCCCAGCCGUUCCAUCAAGGAUUACUAUCAGAUUAUCAAGGACCCAGUCUCGUUAUCGGGUGUGCUGAAGAAGGUCCGCGGCGUGAUUGGUCGCAACGCGCCCACAGGGAUCACUGAGCUCAAGAGCUGGGACGCUUUUGAGCAAAUGAUGGCCAUGAUCUGGAAGAAUGCUCGCAUCUAUAACGAGGACGGCAGCGACCUCUACAACUUGUCGCUCGAGCUGGAGGAGAUGUUCAAUCAGCGACUUGCUGCAGCCAAGUCGAAAGUCGACGAGCCGUCACAACCAAAGCUCAAACUCAACAUGUCCACUGCAGCACCGUCUCCGGCACCACAGCCAAAGCAAGCGUUGAAGAUCAAGCUACGGCAAAGUCCAGUAUCAGACCCAAAUACUCCGGCUGCACGAAGCUCCGCGACUCCUGGCGUCAUUGUAGACAGCGAGGCACUGAUUAGGCAACAGAGGCACGUUUUGGACAGCAUGAACGGUUCGCGGUCGUCAAGGCCUCCAUCUGCCGGUCGAACAGGAACACCGACAACCCUUAGCAAUCCGUUCAAUGGACCGCGAGGCGCAUCAGCCACAAUCCCUUCAAUACCAGCGGCGCAAACCAGGACAGCAGGAUCGCCAGGGAUGAAUGGUGUCAAGAACGACGUACAAUCACCAGCUCUGAACGCGAUCAGGCCAGCAAGCAAUGCUUCUGAUAGCCAACGGAUGAGCAUACCGGCACACACACCACAUCCAGCCAUGCCUCCACCACAUGCAGCAUCGCGCACCAGUGGCAGUCCCCUUCCAAAUGGACCCAUUGGACAGCACACCGGAGGUUACGCGAAUUCCUAUGCGCCUCCCACUCCCUCGUAUUACGUUCCGCCCGUGACACCGCAUUUUGAGAACUUCCGCAAAGUGCCACUGAAGUGCGCCGAUGAAGCACUCAUCCCGAAGAUCACACUAAACACCCACCCCGCGCUCAACCUCAGCAAACCCUGGUCCAUGGCCAUUCCAGCACACAAAUCUAAGACCUCGCACUCCGUCACAGUUCCCAUCCCCACAACACACUCAUAUCUCCAGAUCGUACCGCACAUCCCCAUCGCGCACACCGCGCGCCUGUACCGCCUCUUCGUCAUGGUUAACGGCAACAAGACUUUCGAGGUUAACCGCGUCCCCGUCACCGCCGGCAUCAACGGCGCUGCCGUUGGUUCGUCGCCGCAGCCGGGCGUCGAGGCCGGAAAGAAGAAGGGCGAGCCUGUGUACGAGGCGAAGCUUGGCGCGGGGGUGAAUCGCGUGGAGAUUGAGAUUGUGGCAGAGAGGGAGAGGGGGAAGGGCGAGAAGGAGAGCACAGUGCCGAAGGAGCAGAUUGAGAGUGAGAAGUGUACGAUUUUUCUGCAUUUGACGCGGUCUCUGUAGUGUGGAGAUGAGGACGUAGGGUGCUGGGGUGGGAUAGGGGAAAGAUUGAGCGAGGAUAUGAAGCCCAGGGAGAAGGUGAGCUUGAAGGCGAGGAUCCCGACAGAUGAGGAGAUUUCGGAGUUGGACAUGCUGGACUGAUGGGUGAAGGGUGGCUUGGGUAUACCUUUGGGCGGCGUGAGGUCGGUAUGGCGUUCUGGCCAGGGCUGGUGUGUCACCAGGACGGAGAGCAUUGCGCAUGUUCCUUCCGCUUUUUUCAUACCUUUACUUCCACUUUUCUUGGUUGCAUGGAUAGGAUGGGAUAGGAUAGGCAUGUACCAGCACAGAACAGUAGCUAUGCCAUGAGACUUC